AUGGGUGAUACAAAUGGACUAGUUGUAGCUGGUGGAAAUAUUGUAGCUGGACACAAAGGAUAUGGGGAUGGAUUGCAUCAAUUGCUUCAGCCAACUGAUGUGUUAAUCGAUAAAGAGGCAGAUAUGCUCAUUAUUUGUGAUCGAGGGAAUCGACGAGUUGUACGAUGGUCUCGUCGUAGUGGCAUACCUCUUGGAGAAAUUCUCAUCAACAACCUCAGUUGUCGAGGAUUAUUCAUGGACGAUCAGAGAUAUCUCUACAUCUCUGACGACGAAAAACAUGAAGUAAGACGAUAUCAAAUAGGAGACAAGAAUGGAACUCUCGUUGCUGGUGGCAACGGCGAAGGUUAUGAUCUCAAUCAACUCAGCGUUCCAACCUACAUCUUUGUCGAUCAACAACAGUCUGUCUACGUGUCAGACUGGAAUAAUCAUCGUGUGAUGAAAUGGGAUAAAGGUGCAAAAGAAGGAAUUGUCGUUGCUGGAGGUUAUGGUAAAGGAAAUGCUCUGACACAAUUGCUGCAUCCACAAGGACUGUAUGUCGAUACCUUGGGUACCAUCUAUGUAGCAGACUCAUUCAAUCAUCGAGUAAUGCGUUGGUCUAAAGGAGCGACACAAGGCGCUCUCAUUAUGGCUGGAAAUGGUGAAGGAAAAGGAGCAAAUCAGUUUUACCGUCUCGGAGGUUUGUUCUUCGAUCGAUAUGGCAAUCUCUAUGUUACCGAUUGGGGAAAUAAUCGUGUUCAACGUUUUGAUAUUGAAUAA